AUGGAUGAAAUUGGAAACAAAAUCAGCGACUUGUUUCAUGGCCAAGCCCAACUGUAUAAAGUCAUGUAUCUUUGGAUGCCUCCUUUAUGUCUAAAGUGUGCCAUUGAGCUUGAAAUACCAGACAUAAUCCACAAACAUGGUCAGCCCAUCCCUCUUUCUCAGUUGGUAUCAGAUCUCAAAGUUCCACCCUCUAAAACUACCUUUAUAAGAGGGCUCAUGCGCUUGCUGGCUCACAAUGGCCUCUUCGCUAUCAUCAAAAGCAACAACAGUGAAAAGGAAUGUGAAGUAUCAUAUGAUCUCACUUCGGCAUCAAAACUUCUUGUGAGUGGCACAGACCAUUGUUUAUCUCCAGUGGUUCAAUUGGUAGUAAACCCUACUAUAAUUGAUUUGUAUCAUCACCUGGGGAAAUGGGUUCAUCAGAAGGAAAAUUCAGUGAGAGAGACAAUGGUGCAAGGCCUUACGACUUUCUUAAGCAAAACCCAGAAGAUUUGGCGUUAG